GCUUUAGGCACUGACAAAAAUCUCGGAACUAAAUAAAUUCUCUUUACAUACAGUUCAAUUACUUUUUUGAACUCCAUCAGGCGCGUCAAAUGCUCAUCAUUCAUCAGCUUAUUAGUUCGAUAUUCAUCGUAACAAUAUAAUCUAGAAUGGUAUAUUUUCCAUGCUCUCCAAAUUCCUAAAGUAUGGAAUUUGCGCGUAUGGAAAAUUAAUUCUCCAUGAUUUAAUAGUUUUCUGUAGGCCACUCUCUCCGAAAACGCAAAAUAUCCUCGCCAUGUAUAUUAUUCCUAGGAAUUCAUCCGCUCCCCGAAGUUGGAUCAAUCAUUUUUGCAAUAAUAAAAUUCCAUCGCGUUAUUUAACGUGUGCAAUUCCUGUGCCGAAUGUACUGAAACUUGAAAAUCCAUACCGAAUCUCCAGGCGUCCACUUUUUCACUGGUUAAUUGCGGUAUUUAACAGAGUUUCUGAGACACGAAUUAAGGAAGUGGGACCUGAUCAGGCUUGUGCUGAGUGGUUGUUGAGAAAUGGAGCCUCUGUUAAGUGGACAGACGGUCGUGCUUACCUUAAAGACUACACUGCUCUUCUCCAGAGGACAAAGGUCGACAAGUCCUCUUACAUCCAAGGGGUUGAUGCCACCGAUUCAGCGAUUAGUCACGAAGGCUUUCCACAUUUUGCUGGAUGUAAAUAUAUCGAAGAGAUCAAACUCAUUAAUUGUAUGUAUGUUGGGAAUAACAGCCUGAAUUUAUUACAUCUGCUAAAAGACUCUUUACGAUAUCUCGAGAUUUCUAACUGUGGAAAUGUCACCGACAGGGGACUCGAGCAUUUGAAAAUUUUACAAAAAUUGAAGGUGUUGAAGCUUUCGGAUCUUCCAGGAGUUGAAAAUGGCACAGUAGUCACUGAAGACUUGAAGAAAUCUCUUCCAAAUUGUCAAAUUGAUUUUAAAAGGAGUUCUUAAAUUUUUUACAGUCUUCAGUCUCUAAAUGUUACACUGACGCAAAUACUGAGGAUUAAGUGAAAAAUUCGUGAGAAAUAAACGAAAAAUAUAAAAUAUUA